CUUUCGUACUGGCGCCUAUCUCGGCCUCCGCGCCAGUUUCGGGCUGGUUGGCGCGGAAUCGGUAGACUAUCGGACCAUGGCGCCUGUACACGGAGACGAUUGCAAACUGGAAACAAGCGAUGUGUCAGGUUCAGGGAGUUUUGUAGCUUCUCGAGCACGUCGAGAAAAAAAAUCAAAGAAAGGACGCCAAGAAGCUUUAGAGCGACUGAAAAAGGCUAAAGCUGGUGAGAAGUACAAGUAUGAAGUUGAGGACCUCACAAGUGUUUAUGAAGAAGUUGAUGAAGAGCAGUAUUCAAAACUGGUUCAGGCACGUCAGGAUGAUGACUGGAUCGUGGAUGAUGACGGUAUAGGCUAUGUGGAAGACGGUAGAGAGAUUUUUGAUGACGACCUUGAAGAUGAUGCACUUGACACCUGUGGGAAAGGAAGUGAUGGCAAAGCACACAGAAAGGACAGGAAGGAUUUAAAGAAACCUUCAGUGACAAAACCAAACAAUAUCAAGGCAAUGUUCAUUGCUAGUGCUGGGAAGAAAACCACAGAUAAAACAGUUGACUUGUCCAAGGAUGAUCUGCUAGGUGACAUUCUACAGGAUCUGAACACUGAGACAUCUCAAAUAGCUCCACCGCCUGUAUUGAUACCAAAGAAAAAAAGAUCUACUGGAGCUUUGCCCAAUCCUUUUUCAGUGGACACCCCUAAGGCAAUUCCUUCAGGAAAACCUGCUUCCCUUGUCCUCAGGAACGAGCCUCUGUUAACUCCCAUUCCUCUUAAACAUGCUGAAUUUGCUGGAGAGCUGGCUCAGCCAGAGUGUCCAGAAGAUGAGCAGGUGUCAGGGGUUAUGGAGUUUGAAGAUGGCGACUUUGAUGAGCCCAUGGACACAGAGGAGGCAGAUGAGGAGGAGCCUGUGACUGCCAAGACUUGGGACCAAGAGAAUGAGCCAGUAGAAAGGGUGAAGCACGAGGCAGAUCCUGAGACGGGAACCACAUCUUUCUUAGACAGUUUUCUCCCAGAUGUUUCUUGUUGGGACAUUGAUCAGAAGGACGAAAACAGUUUCUUACUUCAGGAAGUUCAAGUGGACUCCAAUCAUCUCCCGUUGGUAAAAGGGGCAGAUGAUGAACAAGUGUUUCAGUUUUAUUGGCUGGAUGCUUAUGAAGAUGCAUACAACCAACCAGGUGUGGUUUUUCUGUUUGGCAAAGUAUGGGUCGAAUCAGCCAAAACCCAUGUGAGCUGUUGUGUUAUGGUGAAAAAUAUUGAGCGAACACUCUACUUCCUUCCCCGUGAAAUGAAAAUUGACCUAAACACAGGGAAAGAAACAGCAACUCCAGUUACAAUGAAGGAUGUUUAUGAAGAAUUUGAUUCAAAAAUUUCAGCAAAAUAUAAAAUAAUGAAGUUCAAGUCCAAGAUAGUGGAAAAGAACUAUGCUUUUGAGAUACCUGAUGUUCCAGAAAAAUCUGAGUACUUGGAAGUUAGAUACUCGGCAGAAGUGCCACAGCUUCCACAGAAUUUAAAAGGAGAAACAUUUUCUCAUGUAUUUGGAACUAACACGUCUAGCUUGGAACUGUUCUUGAUGAAUAGAAAGAUCAAAGGACCCUGUUGGCUUGAAGUAAAAAAUCCACAACUCUUGAAUCAACCAAUCAGUUGGUGUAAAUUUGAGUCACUGGCUUUGAAACCAGACUUGUGGAAUGUAAUUAAUGAUGUCAGUCCUCCUCCACUUGUGGUGAUGUCUUUCAGCAUGAAGACAAUGCAAAAUGUAAAGAACCAUCAACACGAGAUCAUUGCUAUGGCAGCGCUGGUUCAUCACAAUUUCCCAUUAGAUAAAGCACCUCCAAAACCUCCCUUUCAGACGCAUUUUUGUGUUGUGUCUAAACCAAAGGACUGUAUUUUCCCAUGUGCUUUCAAAGAAGUCAUUAAGAAAAAGAAUAUGGAGGUUGAGGUUGCUGCAACAGAAAGAACUUUGCUAGGAUUUUUCCUUGCAAAAGUUCACAAACUUGACCCUGAUAUUCUCGUGGGUCAUAAUAUUUGUGGUUUUGAACUAGAAGUGCUACUACAAAGAAUUAAUGAGUGCAAGGUUCCUUUCUGGUCCAAGAUAGGUCGGCUGAGGAGAUCCAACAUGCCAAAACUUGGGAGCCGGAGUGGAUUUGGUGAAAGAAAUGCUACCUGUGGUCGAAUGAUAUGUGAUGUGGAAAUUUCAGCAAAAGAAUUGAUUCAUUGUAAAAGUUACCAUUUGUCUGAACUUGUUCAGCAGAUUCUGAAAACUGAGAGGAUUGUAAUUCCAACAGAAAAUAUACGAAACAUGUAUAGUGAACCUUCUCAUCUGUUGUACCUGUUGGAACACAUCUGGAAAGAUGCCAGAUUCAUUUUGCAGAUCAUGUGUGAGCUAAAUGUUCUUCCAUUAGCAUUGCAGAUCACUAACAUCGCUGGGAACAUUAUGUCUAGGACACUGAUGGGUGGACGAUCUGAGCGAAACGAGUUUUUGUUGCUUCACGCAUUUUAUGAAAACAACUAUAUUGUGCCUGACAAGCAGAUUUUCAGAAAACCUCAGCAAAAACUGGGAGAUGAAGAUGAAGAAAUUGAUGGGGAUACCAAUAAAUAUAAGAAAGGACGCAAGAAAGCAGCGUAUGCUGGAGGCUUGGUUUUGGACCCCAAAGUUGGCAUCCAGCGGCACCUGAUGGAGAGCCUGGAGAACCAGACAGCCCUGCCUGAUGGCCUGUACUCACAGUCACCUCUGCAGUCCCAUGCCCAGCCUGCACUCUCCCCACACUGGAGUGGUGUCCUGGGCCGGAAUUACAGCCCACCACCCACCCAGUGA